UGGUCGUUCACGGUUUGCAGAUCUGAUCGGAGCCGUCUCGUCUUUCAGUUCACAUCAGUAGUCGCUAGCAGCUGAGAGCGUGCAGUUUACCUUUUCAAAUCCGUUGUAGCACAAAGUGCGUUGUUAGUAGACAGCAGGAAGAAAACAAGGGCCAGCAGCGCAGAAAAUAGUACCACAAAAUAGUGUGGAACAUUUUGCGUCGUCGUUUUUUACGCUGGACUAAAAACACGAGGAAAAUAGAUUUCAGUCAUUGCCCGUGAAUAGAUUAUUGCAUUCGAGUGUGAAGAUUGUGAAUUACUUGUGCUGUUCUGUUGCUGCUGCAGUUCAACCUUUCAACGGCAGCCGUCGAAAAUUCCUAGUCGAGACUGGCACUGCAUCGCAUCUUAGAGGCCAUUUUUAGAAUUGGUGGAAAAACGACCAGGAAAAAUCCGAAAGAAAGUCAUUGCAUACAUCUAUCGUUCGCUCGGUGCGGUUGAAAAAAAUCAGGGUCACCUCUUUUCGAUCGAAAUAUAUGUACGUUUGCAUCAAGAAACCGCUAGCAGAGUGUUAUUGCACAAGUUUUUGCUAAACCACCUUAAUCUUGAGAAGAGAGGAAAAGUGAAUCGAGGAAAAAAUCAUCGAAGCGAUACCAAAUCAAUCAGGAAGCAAUCAGUGUGCAAAGUGAAGCAGGAAAAUUAAGCAUUCCCGUGUUUAAAAGUGUGUGCAUAUGGUUUUUUUUUUCUUGUUUUGCAGCUAUUAUAACACAAUAGAAGAAAAUAGUGAGUGAGUGAUUUCACACUUUUAGUCGGGUGGUGCGCGUGGUCUUUCAAUUUUCCUUCUCGCCAUUGAAUUGCGAAAGUCGGCUUUUGAUUGAUACUCGACCCGCACUGAAAGCGCUGCCAGGAGUGUAACACCAGCUGUAGCAGCGAAAAUGCCUUUCAUCUCGAAGGAUUGGAGAUCACCCGGCGAAGCCUGGGUGAAAACGGAGGAAGGCUGGGAAAAGCUGAAGGUGUUGGAAUGUGUCAAACGGAAAAGGUGCAUAUCUGAAUGCAGUAGCUCUAGUGAUACGGAAAAUGAUAAUGAAAGCGGAGACAAUGAAAUCCCCCCUCACUGUCAUAUAACACUAAAAUGUACCCGCGAGAUUGCCGGUUUCAAUGGACUGGGAGAGGCAGUUCGCCGGUUGGAUUUCCGCAGCUCAGUCCGAGAUGGCCGUCGAUUCAAUUACGUAUGCGCUCUUUUGCGGCUACUUGUUUCUGGUAAAGGCAUCACAAGUCUUCCUGGUGGAGCACAACGACUAUUGCUUCAGAUGCUGGAGGAAGUGGCAACGUACGUCAGCGACUCGCAGCAGAACAUCAACGUCCUAAGGGGUCUAGUGCAACAGCUGCGACUACUAGUCAAUCAGGAGAAUCAAAAAUGCUGGGGAAAGCCACUCGGUAGUCAAAGUCUGUGGGAGGGACACGUGCAAACCAUACAAAGGAUUCAGAACAUUGCUAGUCAAAUACAAAUUAAGGAGCCUGGUCCAAAUAUACGCCCAAAGCUACACGAUCUGCCAGAGGAAUGUGUUCGAGAAAUUAUAUUAAGGAUAACCGAUUACAAGGAUUUAGAUGCUUCCGCAUCGGCUUGGUCACUGAUGGCAGCGUUGAUUUCGGAGCAACGAGUAUGGCGAGAACUGUCUCAUUACCACUUUAACAAGCAGCAAAUCGACUUCAUCCUAGACAAAAUGUGCCUCCAGGACACAAAAGAACGCCACCGCAAUUGGCAGGCAAUCUAUCAUGCUCUUCGAAAAACAUACGGUGUACCUGAGGAACUACAAUACGCCGAAAUUUUAGCUUUCUGUCGCCUUUGCCGUUGCCUGUUUUGGCCUUCAGCUGGACAUCCCUGCAUCGUGGAUCAAUGUCCGGAUAUACGACAGCGCAUCCGGGAGGCAGGUAACGAUGAUAAUACCGAAACCCAACCGGUACCACCGGCCCAAUUCCUCAAAUAUUUCUCAUUGUAAUUUCCGACGCCAUUAGAAAUCAAAUUGUAUUCAAUGUUCGCUCAUUGAACUUUGCAAUACUUAGAGCGGAUUGCUUAACAAUUAUUAAGUUGGUUUGUCCGAUUGAACAAGGUGAAGGUUAGAACAAAGUAUGAAAUCAUAUACAGUACACGGAAUUGAAUGGAAACCAAAAUAGAAAAUAUAUACAUAUAUUUCUUCUAGACAGAUUAUCGAUAUUAUAUGUGUUCAGGGUAAUAUUUGACAGAGGUAAAUACAACAGCAUACAAUAACAGUGACGUAUUCUACAGAUAACAUUUUUAUGAAAUGCUAAAAGCCAAGAGUAGGAAUAUUUUCAUGUCGUUUUUGAGAGGGUAGCGUUUCAAUAGAAUUCAUUUGCUUUACGGAAAUAUACGAGGGGCAACAUGUCUGUUCGCGAGCUAAAAUAUGCAUGAUAAAUAAGAACCGUUGAACUGAAUAUCGAUGAUCGUUGUAUUUUGUUUGAUAAAUGCAAUUAUUUGAUUAAUUUUCCCAUAACAUGCAAAUUAAAGGCAUUUAAGUUUCUAGGAAAUUUUAAAUGGUCAAUAUAGGUAAGCAUUGCAAAUUGAUAAAUAAAAAAAACAUAGUUUUAAAUGUAA